AUGGGUCCGAGGGAGUGCAGUGCGGUGCCAUCAGCAACGCCUGCCAUGAGAAGGGAGUAUGGGUCCGAGGGAGUGCAGUGCGGUGCCAUCAGCAGCGCCUGCCUUGAGAAGGGAGGAGCAGCAUGGCGGAGUGGAGAGCUGGUGGGGGCGGCUGCAGAGCGGGAGGCGCGGCAGCAGCAGCUACACGGGAGGGAGGAGGGAGGCGGGUGGAGUGCGGAGGAGGAGGGAGCAGCAGCACCAGCAGCCUUCUUUCAGAAGGGAAGCGGGAGGCGCGGCAGCAGCAGCUACACGGGAGGGAGGAAGGAGGCGGGUUGGAGUGCGGAGGAGGGAGCAGCAGCACCAGCAGCCUUCUUUCAGAAGGGAGGCGCAGCAUGGCGGAGUGGAGAGCUGGUGGGGGCGGCUGCAGAGAGGGAGGCGCGACAGCAGCAGCUACACGGGAGGGAGGAGGGAGGCGGGUUAGAGGGAGCAGCAGCACCAGCAUCGUCUUCUUUCAGAAGGGAGUAUGGGGCUCAGGGAGGGGAACAUUUCCGCUCUGGUCCCAAGCGAUGGUUCCCACCUCACCGCGGUGCUUGGGUGUAA